AUGGUAGGUGGUAGUGGUUGUCAUGUUGUUGAUGUUAUUGUGGGGGAUAAGAGAGUUAUGGAGGUUAAUGAUGGUAAUUCUUGUAGGAUUGAUUCUGUAACUUGUGAGAGUUCUUUUGUGAAUGAUUGUGAUGAUGUUGGUGGUUUGUUAUGUAGUUUUUAUCCAGAACCAGAGAGAGUUUUGUUGUCUGCUAGUUGGAAGGGGAUUAUACACAGUGUUGGUCAAGAAUUUGAAGGUGGAGUACCGGGGUUCCGCAUUGCAUUGGCUAAGUAUGCAGUUGAGUGUGGUUUUGCAGUGAAUUAUUUGAAGAACGAUGCAACAAGAGUAACCGCUGAAUGUAUGAUGAAGUCGUCUACGGGUUAUAAAUGGUUUAUGCAUGGAAGGGUGUUGAUGGAUUCUGGUGUUUUUUUUAUAAUGAAGUUAGAUAAUGUGCAUACUUGUGGGGUUGUUGCUCGUAGAUCUUGUAGCAAAAUGGUUGGUUCUAGACUUGUGUGUGAUAUUGUGCAAAAUGAUAUUAGUGAUAAUCCAUUGACUCGUCCUAUUGAAGUUAAAAAAAAGUUGAAGAAGCAAUAUGGUAUAGAUGUUUCUUAUCGGGUUGCAUGGUUAGGAGUUGAUAAGGCAAGAGGUGGGUUGUUUGGUGAUUUUGCAACUUCUUUUGACCAACUUCGAUGGUACCUUGAGACGGCUAUGAGAACGAAUCCGGGAAGUGUGUUUGAAUUAGAUGUGGAUGAAAGUAGUGGGUGUUUUCGGAGGUUGUUUGUGGCAUUUCAUGGAUGUUUGUAUGGCUUUCAAUUUUGUCGUCUGUUGUUGUUUGUUGAUGGUACAUUUUUGAAGGGGCGUUACAAGGGGCAUUUGCUUGCAGCAACAUCAAAAGAUGGUAAUCAAGGUUUGUUUCCUUUGGCUUUUGCGAUUGUUGACGCUGAAAAUCAAGAUAAUUGGAUGUGGUUCUUAAGUCAGUUGUUGAAGGCUGUUGGUUCAGGCCGGAGAUUGACUUUUGUGUCGGACCGUCAACAUGGAUUGCUAGACGCUCUUUCAGUGGUUUUCCCCAAUGCACAUCAUGCUUAUUGCUUGAAUCAUUUGAAGAGAAAUUUGAUUGACAAAUUGGUGGGACUUCGUACUAACUAUAAGCUGUGUUUGAUGAAAAUAUUAGUUAAAUGUGCUUAUGCGCCAACGGUUGCUUCUUUCCAACAUUAUAUGGAGAAAUUGAGGCGUAUUGCUGGGAAUGGUAGAGUUGAUAGUAUGUUGGAUGGUUUGCAAAAUGAUAAGUGGGCCAAUGCAUUUUUUAGAGGGAAACGAUAUGGUGAGAUGUCAUCUAAUGCUGCCGAGUCUUACAAUAAUUGGAUUUGUGGGGCCCGUGAGUUGCCUAUUACUUGUAUGGUUGAUAUGAUUAGGGUUCAAAUCAUGACUCAAUUGUCGGAUAGAAGAGCUGAAUGUAGAAGAUGGACUACGAAAUUGUGUCCAGUUAUGGAAAAGAAGUUGGUGGACUCUUUGGAGCUAGCUAAGUCUUGGGAUGUGAUUGUUGCUAGUGAUACUGUGCUUGAGACUUGUUCUUGCCAUGAAUGGCAAUUGAAUGGUUUUCCUUGUUGUCAUGCUUUGCGUAGUAGUGGUAGAGAUGUGUAUGGUUUCAUUGAUCCUUUUUUUCAUGUAGAUUGUUUUAAAGAGUCAUACAAGGAAUCUGUUUAUCCAGUGCCUUCAAGUGAGAGAUUUGACUUUGAUGGUGCCAGUAGUUCGGUUAUCAAACCUCCUAUAACGAAGAAGCAGCCUGGACGGAACAAGAAGAAAAGGAUACCUUCUAGGGGUGAGAAUGUGAAGCAAAUCAAGUGUGGGAGGUGCUUGAAAUAUGGGAAUCACAAUAAGAAGACGUGCAAGGCUGCUAUUUGA